AUUAGUGAAUAUGUCAUACACCGUAUAUGCUUGCAGUUCGACAACCAACAACAUUAUUUGCCUCCACCACGCUCUUCGUCACCGCAGUCAUUGCCAACGGGGGAAUGUUGGGUACGGGUACAUAGGAAUCGCUACUGGGGCCCCAGGGAUCGUCAUGACCAGGACGCUGACGAACUUGAACGAGCAAUCGCCAGAAGACGUUGGGUGUACCAAAGACAUCUUUAUGCAAAGGUAUGUCACGGUGCUUCUUGCAUUUACACAUGCGUCUCAUCUCGCCCAGCACCCGCCAAGUUUGCAACAUCUCCAGAUAUGACAUGUCAGCCAACUAUCUUUCUCCGUCCUGAACUGCGCGUCUGGCAAAAUCUUGAUGUUGAGUUCCUCACGACGUCUAUCAUUUCUCUCAUGAAUUCAAUAGACAUACGAGCUGAAUCUGCUGUCAAACUUCUCUCCGAGUUCCUAGACCUAGAUACUUUUUAUAUCGAGGGUCGGAGGCACCCAAACGCCGAACUGUUGCACAUGGUCAGUAAAAUAUACUGUUAUAUGCGGAGUGGCCGCGAUUUAUCGAUUUAUGACAAUUUGGUGCAGUAUGAUACCUCCCCAGAUCCUCCGCCCCAUAAGCGGGAAAGAGCGAAUCGGUGGUGUUAUAAUUCCCGUUCUCGAUCCCGGUCGCCUCAUCACCGGUUCCGAUCUCGAUCUCCGUUAUCUCGACCUCCUUCCCCAACCCUGCGGACAGAGCACAGAAGAACUCCUCCCACGACCUACCUCCAUAGACCAUCUUUCCCAAGAUCGCAGGAACCAUCGACGAACUCAUAG